GGCAUUCAUUGAUGUCAGUUUUAUUGCAUUUAUGCUGUUUACGUAUGCACAGAGUGUAAAUAAUCCAAGAAGAUAUCUUGUUAGGAAAAGAAAUGAGAUGUGUGAUACGCGUGAGAUUACAUUGUGUAGAUUUGUGAUGAAUGAGCAUUUACCGAGCAUUUACUCUUGCAAGCGCUCAUAUUUUAGCUGGUGAUAUCGAGAGAAUACUCCGAUACGUAACCUCAAUCGUCAUUGUGCGCAGCAUUAAUCAAAAUGAACCCCAUUACAGACAGUCCAGGUUCUAAAGCUCUUGAAGCUGCUAAAAAUAUCAAAGAUCUGGCUGUAUUCAAGAAGCCUAUCGGAUAUGUUAAGAGGAGCCAAAAUAUUCCAAAGAUCUUAGACGAAGAUACAUAUAUCGAAAGAAUGAGCGAAAUUAUACAAAGAGAUUUCUUUCCACAUUUGGAAAAGCUACAAGCACAAAAUCAAUAUUUGGAUGCUUUGGAGCAGAAUGAUAUGAAUAGAAUGAGAGAGCUGUAUGCAAAGUAUAGCUCUGGCCGGCCCGUCACCGAAAGGCCAGUCAGUCCAGCGACUUUUGAAACCCCACUGCGUCGUGCCGAGACAUCGGACGAGUCAUCAUUGCAGCGUACCUUCGAAGAAGCGUCGUCUCUCGACGAAACGUCCGCCGUUGGAUCUGUAAAGAGAAAUGAGAGUAAAGCUGGCCUGGAUAAUUACGUGAGCACUCACACAAGCGAGGAUAACGCUAGUUUCAACGAGAUGAUGAUUGAGGCUGAAAAUAAACGUAGGCUCAAGUACGCUUGGCUUUACGAGGCAGAGGAAAAGUCGAAAGCAUGGCUCGCUAUCGAUAGACCCACCACUGACGUCCCAGCUAUCGAAGGACCGAAUCCUAGACCCAAACAAGUGGACAGUUGGGCUUAUAAGAAUAAAAAUUAUAUUAUGUAUAUUCCCGAUGGAGUGGAACUUACGGCGGAAGAGAAAAUAGAAUUGGCUAAGAGGAAACAAACCAUAAUGCACGAAAAUACGAGAUUGCGAGCAAACCCGUUUAAUGAGCAGCAAAACAAGGAGACGAUUGAUGAAUUGGCCAAGUCACAGUCCAGAACUAAUGAUGGCAAAAUUGGCGUUGAUGGUAAGGAGGUUGUUAGAAACGCGACGCCACGAGUGAAUGGUUUUAGUUUUGUGGCGACGCCAAGUCCGAGACCAGGAGAGUGCGAAAGUCCAUUGAUGACAUGGGGUCAGAUUGAGGGGACACCUUUCCGAUUGGACGGUGGGGACACCCCGUUAUUGAGGACGAGUCAGGGACCAUCUUUCCGAAUAGCAGAACCGCCGAAAAGAGAGCAGCUGGCGUUGCAGUUGGCUGAGAAGGCUGGCGAGAGACACCGGGAUCGAAAAAACAAAGCGUUAGAAGCAGCCAGAAAAUCAUUAGCCACCCCGUCACCGAGGUCAACUAUGGACCGUCUGAGUACUAUGUCUCCUGCGGCAAGAAGAUUAGCAACUCAAAAACUCCGAAUAUCGAGUACGCCGUCCCCUCGGCGAACACCAUUGUCCAGAACUCCGUCUGUAGGCACCAGGACACCUAACACGCCACGCGCGACCAUACCGGCUAAGGACGUCAUUUCUCAAAAGUCGGAAAUUACCAUGCGGAUACAAGGACCUGUACUCACUGAUAACUUACUCAAUUUACCGCAUCGACAACGAGCAUCAGACUUCUUCAAUAAAUGAGAAUUUUUGUAUUUGAAAAUUGCACAUAGAAAGAUCACGUGUAGAGUUCGAAUGAUACGUAUAUCAAUGUAUUAAUUACAUGCCUCGAAUUCAUGUUUGUCUAUAUUAAUGUUAAGAAGACAGUGCGCGCGCACGCGCGCGCACACACACACACACACACACACACACACACAGAGUAAAUGGUCAAUUAGUGUUUAUAAUAUUAUGUAAUAAAUAAAUUAACGAAGUUCUUUUAA